GAUUUUAUUACUAUUUUCCGGAGCGAAUAUAGUAUUUACCAUUUUCUGCAUCUUUAGUUCUUUACUAAUAAACAAUGAAUGGAAAUUAACAGAGCACCAGCAAAUCUCGAGCUCACAUGGAUUGCGACGGUGGUGACUGGUGAGUGAGUCGAGUAUUCAGCAAGCACUACUCCUUACCAUUAUUGCUGCUCUGCUGAUUAUUGACUCACUACCUUCCUUCUCCACUCUCCACCGCCUCUCUCUCUCUUCCUUUCUCCAACCUUCCACUUCUUCUACCCAAUUCCCAUUUCACAUUAGAUCUGCCAUUUACAGUGAAGUGAUCGAUCCAAAUUCCGGCAGAGCUGAGUGGAAGGGGAGGUGGGCAAAGAUGAGUAUGUACGGGAGAGAUCCGUGGGGCGGCCCAUUGGAGAUAAACACGGCGGAUUCCGCCACCGACGACGACCGGAGCAGGAAUCUCAACGAUUUGGACCGGGCAGCUCUCUCCCGGCCGCUGGACGAGACCCAGCAGAGCUGGCUGCUGGGACCCACCGAGCAGAAGAAGAAGAAGAAGUACGUGGAUCUGGGCUGCAUCAUCGUCAGCAGCAAGAUCUUCUGGUGGACGGUCAUCGUGGUAGCCGGCGCCGGAGUUCUCGCCGGCUUGAUCGCCGUCCUCGUGAAGUUCGUGCCUCAUCACCACGACCAUAAACCCACGCCGGACAAUUACACCGCCGCACUCACCACUGCCCUCAAGUUCUUCAAUGCCCAGCGAUCAGGAAAGCUUCCCAAGCAUAACAAUAUAUCAUGGAGAGGUAACUCCUGUACGAAGGAUGGGGAUCCUUCGGGCCAGUUCAAAGAUCUGGCCGGUGGCUAUUACGAUGCCGGAGAUGCAAUUAAGUUCAAUUUCCCUCAAUCGUAUGCCAUGACCAUGUUGAGCUGGAGUGUGAUCGAGUACAGUGCAAAGUAUGAAGCUUCCGGCGAGCUCAAUCAUGUUAAAGAGAUCAUCAAGUGGGGAACUGAUUAUUUCCUCAAGACCUUCAACCACACGGCUGAUACGAUCAACGUACUUGUUUCCCAGGUUGGAUCGGGGGAUACUUCCGGCGGCAUGUCAACUCCAAAUGAUCACUACUGCUGGACGCGCCCUGAGGAUAUUGAUUACGAGAGGCCGGUGGCCACUUGCAGCAGUUGCUCUGAUCUUGCUGCAGAAAUGGCUGCUGCUCUAGCAUCUGCGUCCAUUGUGUUCAAAGACAACAAGGCUUAUUCUCAGAAACUUGUCCAUGGUGCCAGAACGCUCUUUAAAUUCUCGAGGGACCAACGUGGGAGAUACAGCGCGAGUAGUACGGAAGCUUCUCAGUUCUACAAUUCUACUAGCUACUGGGAUGAAUUUCUUUGGGCUGGAACUUGGUUGUAUUAUGCGACUGGUAAUAAUACCUAUCUUCAACUUGCUACUACUAAUGGUAUCGCAAGGCAUGCUGGUGCUUUCUGGGGUGGACCUGACUACGGUGUUUUUAGCUGGGACAACAAGCUUAUUGGUGCUCAGGUGCUUCUUAGCCGUUUGAGACUCUUCCUGAGCCCGGGGUACCCUUAUGAAGAAAUAUUGAGGACGUUCCACAACCAGACUAGCAUAGUCAUGUGUUCCUACCUUCCAUAUUUCACAAGCUUCAACAGAACCAAAGGUGGUUUGAUUCAGUUAAACCAUGGAAGGCCACAGCCUCUUCAGUAUGUAGUGAAUUCAGCUUUCCUGGCUGCUGUAUAUAGCGACUAUCUUGAUGCUGCAGAUACACCUGGAUGGUACUGUGGACCAAACUUCUACUCUACAAAGAUCCUGCGAGAAUUUGCAAAGACCCAGCAGAUCGAUUAUAUCCUGGGGAAAAAUCCAAGAAAAAUGAGCUAUGUUGUUGGUUUUGGUAACCAUUACCCGAGGCACGUCCAUCACAGAGGCGCUUCUAUCCCCAAGAACAAAGUUAAGUACAGCUGCAAAGGUGGAUGGAAGUGGAGGGACACAAAGAAGCCAAACCCGAACAAACUAGUGGGAGCUAUGGUUGCGGGGCCUGAUAGGCACGAUGGUUUCCACGAUGUUCGAACUAACUACAACUAUACUGAGCCAACACUCGCAGGAAAUGCAGGAUUAGUCGCUGCUCUUGUGGCGUUGUCUGGCGAGGGGGACUCUAAUAUUGACAAGAACACCAUUUUCUCGGCGGUGCCCCCCAUGUUCCCAACUCCUCCUCCACCUCCAGCACCAUGGAAGCCAUGAGAAAGACAAUAUGUAAAUUAGGACUUUUGAGCAUGUCAGGAAUGGUUGAUGGCACUUUACAAAGGCAAGCUGAAACGCGGGAAGAAGACAGUGGAUGAAGCUUUCUGAAAGAAGGGGAAGCAAGAAGAAGAUGGGAUGGAUGAAUUCUUCCUGGAAAAGCGUUGGUCUUUGUUUGAAUUUUUGUGUGUUAUACGAUAGCAUAAUAUGUAUGUAUGGAUCUUGUAUUCUUUUGUAACCCUUGUGGAUUCGUCUGUGGAAACAAUGGACACUUCCCCAUUUGAUGUCUGACAGUGAGAGAUACAUUUGUUGGUUUACUACAGUCCACUUUCCAGGUUUCUCUGUUCCAGAAAAAGGAAAGUCUUGGAUCUUGUGUUCUCUGAACAUAGGUUGUAUUCGAUCCAUACAUUGUUAAAUCCAUACAAUCGAUCCACGUGGUUUUGUGGUGAAAAAACUAAGAGCUAACAAUAAAAUGCAGUUGUAACUAUGAUACAUCCUUUUGCAGCUCAAACACUUUCACCAACUUCAGUGUGACGUUUUUCUUACGAUUGCUGUUCAUAGUAAUCAUAUUGAUGGAAUAUACAAACCAUAACCUGC